CACCUACAUACCCUCCUUACCUCACUACUUAUCACCCUAUACCAAUCUAUCUUUUCCCUGCAGAUAUUCCAUCAUAAUAUAAAUAUUUACAUUCUCUCUCAUCAUAUUCCCUAUGUUUCCAUACAUCUCCUCAUCUACUCUACUACUUCUCUUCCCUCAUUUACCUAUUUUUACAACAUCUACACUCAUCCCUACUCUCCUAUUCUCACACACCAAUAA